GUGCUGAAGCUGAUAAAUCAUCUGAUUCCAAAAAGGCCGAAACCUCUGAUGAAAACAAGAAAGCUGAGAAGAACGAUGCUUCCAGUGAGAAACCAGCAGGCACCAAGGAGGAGAAAGAGAGCGCUGGAAAGUCUUCUUCAUCGUCAGCCAAGUCCGGCUCAUCCAGCGACUCCAAGACAAAAUCGUCGCCCAGUUCGAGUGACAAGACGGCGGCUACCGUGUCCCGAAACUUGUGGGUUUCUGGUCUAUCGUCGCUCACUCGGGCCACGGAUUUGAAGCUGAUCUUCUCCAAGUACGGUAAGGUGAUUGGCGCCAAAGUGGUGACGAACACUCGCACCCCGGGAACUCGUUGCUAUGGCUACGUGACGAUGGCAUCGGCCAAGGAUGCAACGGAGUGCAUUUCCCAUUUGCACCGGACCGAGUUGCACGGACGUAUGAUUUCGGUGGAGCGAGCAAAGUCUGAUCUGGGUCCAGCGAAGCCUGCUACAACUAACAGCACCAGCACUACCGGUACCAAGACGGAAUCAACGGCCAAGGCGACCACGGAAGGCGGUGAUAGUGGCAAAGACAACAAAGAGAACAAGGAUAAAACUGAGAAGAAGGACGAUAAAGAUAGUCGGUCACGCAACAGCAGAGAGCGUGCCAGGUCGAUGCAUAGGAGCCGAUCUCAGCAUCGCGGCCGGUCUCAAUAUCGAGGUAAAUCCGUGGAUAAAGAUACCAAACCCAAGGACGACAACAAGAAGCCAGAUGACAGCAAGAAGGACGAAGGUAAAGCUAAAGAGGGAGCUGCUGCAGCACGCAAGGAUGGAGACAAUCGUCGCGACAAUCGGAACAACAACAACAACAACAACGAUCGCAACAACAGGGACAACCGCAACCGGGAUCGUGAGGUCCUAUCGCUGCAGAAGAUUCGCGAAGAGCGCGAACGCCAACGGCUGCGGGAGAAGGAACGUCAGCUGCGCGAGGAGGAGCGCCGCCGCCGGGAGAUGCGCCAGCGUCAGCGCGAGGAAGAACAGAUGUUGCGACGCGAGCGAGAGAAGCUGGCUAUCGAACGGGCUCGGAUCGAGAAGGAAAAGGCCGAACUGUUGCGCAUCGAACGCGAACGCCAGAAGCUGGAACGGGAGAAGAUCGAACUGGAACGUCUGGAGCUGAAGCGUCAGCAAAGGAAAAUUGAAGAGGCGAAACGGAACCUGAAGCGCCCGGCCCCAACCGAUCACUACGAUGAUGACCGCAAACGUGCGGCAGGAACAGAUCGUCGAUUUGAAGCACCUCCGCCACCAUCGAUUUCCACUUCCGGCCGCGGUUCCUACGGAUCAACGGACAAGAAACGUCUAGAUGACUACAAACCUCGCGAUGAUUACAAGUCGCGCCCGGUCGAUGACUACCGACGGGAUACUUACAAGCGCAACGGAGGAGGUGGAGUAAUGGACCGGGACUUGGAUCGCCCGUCGAUGGGUGUAGGUUCAAUGGACAACCGUUAUCCGGACAAUCGCUCCGGCAGCGGUGGUGACUAUCGUGGAGGGAGUGGCGUAGACCGUCGUGACGAUCGCGAUCGCAACGGAUCGGCACCGAAGUCGCGGUACAUGGAUCCGAUGGAUCAACGCUACCAGGAUCGCUCUGGUAGCAGUGGCGGCGGCGGCGGUGGCAACAGUGGACCUUGGAAUGCAGGCCCGCCACAGAUGAGUAUUAUGCCAGCCGGUAUGAGCAGUAGCGAGUGGCGGAUGGAUAACGGCCAAGAUCGCUACGAUCGAACCUACAACGAGCGGAAGGCUCCACAGAUGAGUGCCAGCCCCUUCAUGGAUACUUCGAGGCAGAACCAGUUCAUGGGAGGUGGCGGUAGCGGAGGACGGCAACAAGACCGCUAUGGAGCUCCUGUUUCCGGACGGUUCGACAGUGGACGAUACUAAAUAAGUAGAGUUGCGCCACUCCAUGGGUGUGCUUUGUAAUUCCUAGAUUAACAAUAAUCAAGUAUGAAUGACGAACGUCAAAGCACAGUUCAAAAUAGGUUUGUGUAAAAUUUACACGGAGCAAUGGUUGGUGAAGUUGCACCAAUUCUAGCUACCUAGGUAUAGCUGUAACGGGAUAAUUCCCGUUAUGUACCUUCUUUAACCCUUUCCUGUGCAUCCCACUGACCUAGAUGUGUGAUCAUUCGGUGUAAGAAUCAUCUCUUAGUCAUUAUUGAGUAUUAGCUUGUAAGUAAUUUAAACAGGAUUCAAUAAAGGUAACCGAAAGAACUUA